AUGGGUCGCUUCAACAGAGCUUACGGACGUUCCACGUACUCAGACGAGUCUGAAGAGGAUAACUCUGAUGAAGGUCCUUCUGAAAAGUUGGACGACGAGGCACCUACUACCGAAGUCGACGAUGUAUCAACGGAAAACGAGAGUGAGGACCACGACCACGAGGACGAAGAAAACGAAGAAGGCGAAGACGGCAACGAGGAUUCUGAGGCCAGCGAGAUGGGCGAAGAUGAGGCCAACCCAGGCUCGACGCCCACAUAUGUCGAUAUUCCGAGCGAACUUUUGCACGUACUUACAAGAUCCGCGCCUCAAAAUGAAGGGUCCUUUGCCACAAUAUGCCCCUUUGAAGAAGCUCCCAAUCCGGGACUCAAGUUGGACGGCGUCGGGACGAUUGGUCUUCCGCUUGGUCCAGAUAUAGCAGAGAAGAUUAUCAAGAGUUGUAAUCGGGCAUCGUAUGGAAAAGGAACCCAGACUAUUGUGGACGAUGCAGUGCGGAAGACAUGGGAGCUGGACGCGACAAAGGUGACAUUUUCUAACCCCAAAUGGAACUUGUGGAUGGAGAAAACGGUUGUGCCACAAAUUUGCGCAUCUCUAGGUGUCAACUUUGAGAUUUCACAGCCACAAGCGGAGUUGUAUAAGCUCUUAAUAUAUGAAACGGGUUCUCACUUUCUUUCGCACCAAGAUACGGAAAAGGUUCCCGGAAUGUUUGCCACCAUAGUCGUUGUCCUCCCAUCUCCAUUCACCGGCGGCGAGCUUCGUCUGAAGCAUGCCGGCGAAACUAAAAUUAUGGACAUCGCUUCCGCCUCCGAGUACACCACCCACGUUGCUGCAUGGUACACUGACGUCUAUCAUGCGAUUCAACCCAUCGAAUCGGGAUAUCGACUCGCCCUCUCCUACAACCUCAUCCACAAGAGCGCACCUUCCCUCAAGCCCAUUUUAGGCUCUGGGUCUAAUGAGCUUCGACAAAUACUUCUCAGCUGGAAACGCAUGGGCCAACCUACGAAGCUUGUAUACACAUUCAAGCAUAUGUACAGUGAAAAUAAUUUGCGUUCCGCUGCACUCAAGGGCAAAGAUGCAAGUGUCGUGCGCCGUAUCCGUGGCGUCGCGAAAGAGCUCCACCUGCGCAUGUGUCUGGUCAAUAUCGAGCUGCACCGGCGGGGUGGUGUAGUGAAUGAUUGCGUCGAUCUCAAUGGCAAAUCAAUCGACUUGGUCGAAGAUUUGGAUCUCGGGAACCAGGAUGAAUACGUCAAUAAGAAGCUGGGCGACGGUGAACCGGACGAUCAAGAGUAUGAAGGCUAUAGCGGUAACGAGGCAGGUAUGAUGGACGUUUGGUAUCGCCGCACUGUCCUUCUUAUUUGGCCACCUGCUCAUGAUUUUGACGUUUGCAUCGGGAACAUCGACGCCUAUGCGCGACAAGCGCUGUGUACUAUAAAAUCAGGACGACCAGCGAAGGAGGAGCAAAAGAUUACGCAACGACUUCUAAAAUGGACUGCGGAUAAUCGCUCACACAUUUCUAAUCAAUCAUCUACCACAGGGAAAGUACUAGGGGCGAUGUGCGAGGCCGCCAUCCAGCGGGAAGACCCAAAGCUCUGGACAAAAGCCUGUAUCGCUGCUGGGGCUGACUUCAAUAUCAAUAUCAUAACAACCCCAGUGAUAAUCCAGGCUGCACAAACCAUGGGGCUGGAUAGUCUAAAGGAAUUCUUGGAACGAGCAUUCAAGAAUGGGAUCAUCGAUAGCCUGCGAUUUGAACUUGUUGAUAGCUUGAUUGUGCUGGCGCAAAAUACUUCGAACAAAGAGCUCUUGGAAUGGGCAAAUGUUCAUCGUCGGGGGAUUCUUUACUCACUUCACAGUGCGGAUUCUGGCGUCAUUCCGUACCUGAUAGAAUACGCACGUACGGAUGGUUGUGCAUUCCUCAUGGACAUCAUUCUCCCUCAGCUACAGAAGUUGAAACCAUCCCCGGAUUUUUGGAAGGAUUUCAUGGCCAGGUUGCGUGCCGAGAAGGACUCGAUAUCACAUAAUACAUCGGAGAUGGACAAUGUCAUUCAACGAUUCAUCAUCAUUAUCGUUGAGGAAGGUGAACGCUUACCAAUGACCAGCCUGCCAAGCCGCCGGCACAACAAGAUUGAAGAUCUUCAAAAGAUCGCUCUUCUGUGGUUUGGAUCCGUAGAGGAGGGCCUUAACGCACUUCCGGAGUCGAUGAAUGCGUGGUUUGUCAAAAUGGCGAGUGAAUGGAACAAACUCAUUUCAGAAGAUAAAAAAUGGGUUGCACAAGAGCUUAUCCCGCAAAUUGCGCGUUUAAUCAAGCGCUACUCAGAGGCGCAUGAUCCGCCCAUCCCACCCGGAGACUCAAUUCUGGAGCCUUUCUGGGGCUUGGUCAUCAAAGGUACAAGCGAAUACCUUGAUAGGGACAACUUGGACGUUUUGGUCAUUGGAGUACAACAUGUGGAUUAUUCGAUGGCCUCCAGAGCGUGUAAGUUACGACGUAGUGGGAAAUUUACGCCUCUGAAGCAUUACAGGUUAUCCACGAACCUUCGAAAAUAUGCUAUGCGUGAUGAAGAUUACUUGCAUCAACUGGCUAUCCAAGCACAUCAGAUGGCGCAACAAGAGGCGCCGCCGAACCCACACCUGGAGACUUUAUCGAAACUUGUGGUAGGAAUACUGGCCACAGAUGUAGAAAUAAAGAACUGGCAUCCUCCACCCUCGGUAAACGUGUCCAGUUGUCGCGACAUUUUUCACACCGCAAUUCAGUGCGAGGCCCAAGAUGCAUUGAAUCCAUUAUUCCUACAAAUCAAACAGCUCACUCCAACGCCACCAAAGAUCGAAGAAUUCACCAAAUUUGCUCUUCCGUUCAUCGAUUCUUCCGUCAGGGAGCAUCAGUCUACGGGUACAUUGUGGCCAUCCGAGCCUCUCUCCACGUUUGUGUCAGACACCUUUAUCAGCUUGAUUCAGACUCUUGGACCAAACCUGAACAAAAGCGUGCCGAUACCACAACUGGAUGGCUUUGGGUGUCGCAAAUCAUCCUCAUUCUCCAACGGAAUCGGAAAAAUGACGAGACGAGAACUAGUAAUGGAAAACCUAGCAAAACUAGGACCUUUGCAAGUCCAACGCUCCAUAUUCGGUGAGAGAUGGGCAGAUAUCUCGAAAAAGCUGGCCAUUAGCGAAUCUGCAUCAUCUUCUGCAACACCGACUGAUCAACGCUCUGCUACAGAACCAGCUGAGGAAAAUGGGACACCCGCGUCUCGUCAAGGGCCUUCUCGGCAGGCCACAUCCGGCCAAGGGACAUCUACCAGUCGUACGGCGAAGUCUUCCUUCGCCGUCACAGGUGGAUCUGGGAAGAAAACAAAGAGGUCGUUCCAGGAUGCGGACGAGGGCCAGGCAUCUCGUGCACCCCCAGCUAAGCGAAGCAAGCAAAAUCAACCCAUAGAAAUCAUCGAGCUUUCAGAUUAG